CUGCGUGAAGCUGUCUUGGGCUGUGGGCCGGCUCGAGAACACCUGGUCCCCGGGCUAGCCCUCUGUCAGUCACCCAGGGCCGGGCAGCAUGGUGUGGAUUCAGAGGAGGAAACUUUUGGCAUCUUGCCUCUGUGUCAUGGCCACCGUCUUUCUGCUUGUCACACUCCAGGUCGUGGUCGAGCUGGGAAAAUUUGAAAGGAAGAAGUUUAAAACCUCCAGUUUGCGAAAUGGACAGGCAAAAGUGGAAGAGGAGCCUGCAGAUCUCUAUCCGAUCCCCGGGAGAGAAGCACGGAUCUUGACCAGGAAAACCCAACGGGACACUGAGAGCUACCCCAUCAUGCUUUGGUGGUCCCCACUGACCGGGGAGACCGGAAGGCUCGGCCAGUGCGGGGCAGAUGCGUGUUUCUUCACCCUCAACAGGACCUUCCUACAUCAUCCCAUGACCAAAGCCUUCCUCUUCUAUGGCACUGACUUUAAUAUAAAUAGCUUACCCCUGCCUCGGAAAGCCCAUCACGACUGGGCCCUCUUUCACGAAGAGUCUCCGAAAAACAAUUACAAGCUCUUCCACGAGCCAGUCAUCACCUUGUUCAACUACACUGCCACAUUCAGCCGGCAUUCCCACUUGCCCCUGACCACCCAGUACUUGGAGGGCGUAGAAGUCCUGAAGUCACUCCGAUACCUGGUCCCCUUGAGGUCCAAAAACAACCUUCGAAGCAGACUUGCCCCGCUGGUGUACGUGCAGUCGGACUGUGACCCGCCGUCAGAUAGGGACAGCUAUGUCCGAGAGCUGAUGACUUACAUCGAGGUCGAUUCCUACGGGGAGUGUUUACGAAACAAAGAUCUCCCUCAGCAGCUGAAAAACCCAGCCUCUAUGGAUGCCGAUGGCUUUUAUAGGAUCAUCGCACAGUACAAGUUUAUCCUUGCUUUCGAGAACGCGGUGUGUGACGACUACAUCACUGAGAAGUUCUGGAGACCCCUGAAGCUGGGGGUGGUCCCUGUGUACUACGGGUCCCCCAGCAUUGCAGACUGGCUCCCGAGUAAUAGAAGUGCUAUUCUCGUGUCGGAAUUUGCUCACCCUAGAGAUCUGGCAAGUUACAUCAGACAGCUGGACCACGACGACAGCCUGUACGAGGCCUACAUAGAGUGGAAGCUGAAGGGUGAGGUCUCUAAUCGGCGACUUCUGGCAGCGCUCAGGGAACGGAAAUGGGGUGUGCAAGAUGUCCGCCAGGACAACUACAUCGAUGCCUUCGAGUGUAUGGUGUGCAGCAAGGUGUGGGAUAACAUCCGGCUUCGGGAAAAGGGUUUACCACCCAAAAGAUGGCAGGCCAACGUGAUGCACCUGAGUUGCCCGGAGCCUGCGGUGUUUGCUUUCUCACCUCUGGCUCCUCGCCGGAGCUCUUUGCGGGAGAUGUGGAUACCAAGCUUUGAGCAAUCCAAGAAGGAAGCCCAGGCACUAAGGUGGCUGGUUGAUAGGAAUAAAAAUUUUUCAGCUCAAGAGUUUUGGGCCCUGGUUUUCAAGGACUAAUUUCUAGAAGGAUCAGAAUGAUAUAGACUAGCGCUCUCCUGAGGUUCAUUUUCUAGGUUGCCUUAAUACAUGAGUAUCAUAGUUACUUGGUUGACUAUCCUUUAGGAUAAGGAGUACUUGCUGCAGUACUCAUAAUGAGCCUUCUCAGAUAAUGGAUGUGAAUUGCCCUUAGGGGUCACCUCUGUAUUUUUUAUACUAAAAAGUAAAUAUUUCUUAUGGUCACCUUCUGCUGACAUGUCUGGACCGAUGUACCUGCUGCCUUUUGUGGACAUUCAGCUAAUGUGGAGUGAAUGUUUCCCUCCCUGCAUGGGAGGCAGAGGGUGGAGCUGUGGAUUCUUGAUACUCACCUCUCUGUCUGCAGUUUAUUAGUGUCUGGCAAGCCCAGGGUCCUGAUGCUGAGCAUGAACAUGAAAUGCAUUAGAACUUGGCAAUGAGAGAUUCCAUCUGUUGGUUUCCAGGGAUGUAAGUGAGUAAUAAAAGCUGUGUGCAUUUUAUCCACUUUUUCUCUUCAAGUCAGAAGAACGUA